UUUUCUAUCGCAUUUCCUGAGCCAUUCCCAAAACAUUGCCAAUGGCACGAUGCCAGCGAGCAGAAACAGCUUAAAUACUUCCCCAGGGACUGGCUUUUCUGCUUCCUGCUCUCGUCACAGUCUCCAUUAAUUCUCCGCCAAACAUUUCCAGCAAUUUUCUACUAUGAGCAGUGCUUUAUUCACAAUGAUACGCCCCAUGGUCUCCAAAAACAACGGUGUUGUGAGGAAUGCCAAAGACAAGUUCCUUCGAGACAUCAAAGACAACAACAGUAACAGCAGCCAUCUCUCUAUGCUCCCCUCCUCCAGCUUUACAAACUUGUUUCCCAACGUGGAGCCCUCCUCGCCUCUCGUUCAGAACUCGCCAUUGCUUCUCAGAUCCAGCCAGACACACAGCCAGAUAGAAAGUGUGGAGGACUUGGAAACAGAGAUACACAAGAGGUUUGCCGGUCUCGUCGUUGCUGAGUUCAACAAAGCUGCUGGUGCAGGGCACCUUGACAGCAGAGUGGUGCACACACUCUCUGACUUGGAGAGUGAGGUGUGUGCGAGUAUACUCGUUGGCUAGUCCACUCUAAAUCUCUUAUGCACUUCUCGCUUUUAUUUUUAGUUAGAUAUCUCUUAUGCCCACGUUUACGCCCAUUCCCGCAUGUUCCCGAUUAUUGCCGUUAUUUUAUACCUCUCUUUAUACCUCUUUUAUACCUCCUUUAUACCUCCUUUAUACCUCUUUUAUACUACACAUUUUCCGCUUACAUAAGCACCCACUACUA